AUGAAGACGAUCAGUUUCAGUACCGCAUUUCUCCUCAUUGCAGGACUUGCGUCAACCGGCCUCGGCGCUCCUACUACUUCGAGACACAUUGUUGCUCGUGGUGAUGAUAAUGGUGACGGAGACUACUCUUAUGGGACAUGCUCGAGCCCCAUUGUGAGGAAGGAAUGGCGUGCUCUUACUACUGAGCAGAAGUCCGAUUACAUAGAUGCCGUCAAAUGUAUGAUGGCUCUGCCUGCAAUCGACACUGCAAACGUCCCCGGGGCCGUCAGCCGGUUCGAUGAUUUCCAGGGUGGCCAUAUUUUGGCAACAGAGUUCAUACACUAUGUUGGGCAAUUCCUGCCAUGGCACAGAUACUUUGUAUCCGUCUAUGAGAAGGCGAUCCGUGAAGAAUGUGGCUGGACGCUCGGUCAACCAUAUUGGGACUGGACACAGGACUAUCAGGAUUGGCCUGGCUCGGAGAUCUGGGAUCCUACCACUGGCUUCGGCGGGAACGGCGUCUACGUCGACUGCCCCGAGGUAACUGUGACCUGUCUCCCCGGCGGAACCGGCGGGGGGUGUAUCACUGAUGGGCCCUUUGCCAACAUUACUGUGCACAUUGGGCCCGCGGAUAGCCUUGAUCGUAACGACCACUGCCUGUCUAGGGACUUUCACUCCCAGUUCCCGGAACAAUACUUCACACCCAGUGCCAUGAAUGCGACCAUGAGCCUCCCCACAUUCGAUGGGUUCCGCCAGAGUUUGGAGGGACUCCUGAACGACAUGGAGCACAUUGGACAGCACGGUUCUGGCCAUGGUGGAACAGGCGGUACGAUGGUGGAUCUUUUUGCUAGUCCUGGCGACCCCCUGUUCUACCUUCACCACGGACAGCUCGAUAGGCUCUGGUGGCAGUGGCAGAACAUGAACAUUGACGAGCGCCUGUAUGAGAUUGCGGGCCCGACAAGGAACUACACAGUUGCAAGCCCAAAUGUCACGCUGGAUUACAUGCUUGAUGUGGGCGUGCUAGCAGACCAGGUGCCCAUCUAUGAUGUUAUGAACAUUGGGGGCUCCUUGUGCUAUACUUACGAAUAA